AAAAGCCCAUCAGUUUUCAUACCUCAAAAACAGGGUCGACCGUACCAGCGAAGACAACAUCGCAUCCCUGAACCAUCUCCAAGCGAAAACGCCAAGAUGAGUCUGUCAUACGCUUUCGCCGGUCUGCUAGUUUUCGCUGCGAUGACGUCAACAGUCACCGCUUCGACGACGACGCCUUGUGUCAACGUUACCCUCAACAACAUCCUCAACAUCAGUAGCUGCUUGGGUAACAGCCUGAACUUCUGCAGUGGCACAUCGACAAGUGGCCUGGUGACAGGACUCGUCAAAGUGCUCACGUGUGUCCUGCGAGGCGUCUACACCUACGGCUCACCCCAGGGAAUCGUCAAUGCACUGGGACCCCUGUUAGGUCUCAUUGCCCAGCGCCUUCUAUUUUCAUCCGUCAGCCUACCUAUCUUGGGCAACCUCUCCCUGUGCGGCUCCACUUCCUGCCAGAAUUUCUUCCUCCAAAAUGACACCUGCCAAGGCCAAAUCACCGUUCAGCUGCCCGGCCUUCAAAACGUCAGCAGUUGCGUUGGAGACGCUGCAAUGCUGUGCACAGCGGGAUCCCCGACCACCACCAACCAGGUUCAAUCGUUGCUCCAAACCCUGACUUGCAUCCUGCGCCAGAUCUCGCUGAGCCAGUUAACGCAAGUCGUCACGGGCAUCGGCUGCACCCUGCUCACCAUACUGAGCUCGCUCGCGGGCAACGCUUCGCUGGGCACCUCCCUGCAGACGGCGCUCGGCUCGUUCAGCGCAGCCCUGCGCCUCAUCGUGCCCACCUGUUCUACCACUGGCUGAAACGACAACAACCUUUUAUUGAUGAAGGGGAUGCGUCAAGAUUCCACUCGUCAAAAAACUCCUCUACAGUAGCAUACUUCUCUGUAAUCAAGCAUUAUGCGUUCGCAAUAAAGUUGGUAUCGAAAUGA